CUUGCUGCGGGAGAGGUUUGGAGCGCAGCGAAAGACAGGAGCGCUGCCUUCCGCAGUGGCGCGAGGACAGGGCUGGGGCGCACCAGCGUGCGGUCUUUCCCGGCCCGAGGAAGGCGCGCCCCCACGCCUGCCACCCCACCUCAAGGGGUCCCCGAGAGCGCACCAGAGGCUGCAGCGCGCGGGACCAGCGGCAAGGCUCCCGCGCUUCGGGGACACCGCCUUCCCCGCGCUCGCACAACUCCGGGCCGGCUGCGCGCCGCUGGACGACUUUCUCGGAGUGAGGGGCGCUCCGCCCUGGGGCGAGCUCCGAGCCGCUUGGUCCCCGCUGCCCUGCGCGAUGGGUAGCGCGCUGGUCGCUGCUCCCUGAGCGCGGGCGCCGCCGCCGCCGCCGUCCACUCUGCGCACUCAGAGACUCGUAUUCGGGGGCGUCGGAGAGACCCGCGCCCGCACCAUGAAGUCCGUGCUGUUCAGCCGCUUCUUCAUCCUGCUGCCCUGGAUUCUGAUCGUCAUCAUCAUGCUGGACGUGGACACGCGCAGGCCGGCGCCCCCGCUCACCCCGCGCCCCUAUUCCUCUCCCUAUGCCGGGGGACGCGGGGGCGCCCGAACCCCGCUCCGCAGGGGCACCCCGGGGCGCAACACGGAGCCGCGCAACGAGUCUCGACCUCCGCAGCCGCCGCCCGAGCCGCUGCUGCCCACCAUCUAUGCCAUCACGCCCACCUACAGCCGCCCGGUGCAGAAGGCCGAGCUGACCCGCCUGGCCAACACGCUCCGCCAGGUGGCGCAGCUGCACUGGAUCCUGGUGGAGGACGCGGCGGCGCGCAGCGAGCUGGUGAGCCGCCUCCUGGCGCGCGCCGGGCUGCCCAGCACGCACCUGCACGUGCCCACGCCGCGGCGCUACAAGCGCCCGGGGCUGCCGCGCGCCACCGAGCAGCGCAACGCGGGCCUCGCCUGGCUGCGCCAGCGGCACCGGCACGGGCGCGCGCAGCCCGGCGUGCUCUUCUUCGCCGACGACGACAACACUUACAGUCUGGAGCUCUUCCAGGAGAUGCGAACCACACGCAAGGUAUCCGUGUGGCCAGUGGGCCUGGUUGGUGGGCGGCGCUACGAACGUCCCUUGGUGGAAAACGGCAAAGUGGUCGGCUGGUACACCGGCUGGAGAGCGGACCGGCCCUUCGCCAUCGACAUGGCAGGAUUUGCUGUAAGUCUUCAAGUCAUCUUGUCCAAUCCAAAAGCCGUAUUCAAGCGUCGAGGGUCCCAGCCAGGGAUGCAAGAAUCUGACUUUCUGAAGCAGAUAACCACUGUGGAAGAACUGGAACCGAAAGCAAAUAACUGCACCAAGGUCCUCGUGUGGCACACUCGGACAGAGAAGGUCAAUCUGGCCAAUGAGCCCAAGUACCGCCUGGACACAGUGAACAUUGAGGUGUAGCCACAGUGGAGCCCAGCCAGCGGUAGCGGGAGAGGAUGCUGCGGAACAUCAGGUACUGUUUGCUGUGCUCUGGCACAGCGGCCUUCACUGUUACCCACGGACACCUGCUCCAACAGAGCUUGUCAGCCACAAAAACCAACUGGACGGUACAAAAUGUGUGUCUUGUCUUCAUCUGUUAUGCAUGUUUUCUCUAAAACUUAAUUGGAAGAUUCUGUACAGUACAGUGCAAGGACACUGCAAAAUGCCAUUCUAAGCGUCUUACACACUUUUCUUUCUUCAUUUAUCCUUAGAGCUGGUAGAACUGUGAACCGGUUUUAGAAACCAAUGAUGAGUAUUUUGUCAACUAAACAUUCCCAAUUCCUGACUCUCAACAUGAACCUCUUUGGAAGUCAGUGGCAAGAAUAGACUAUCUAAAAGGGAAUAAACCUCACAGAAAGGUCUAUGGAUUCAUCUGUUUAAUAUAGGGAAAUAACAUUUUGUCAAUACUAGGCACCAUAAAAUGUAAACACAAUUACUGUCAUAAACCUGGAUACACCUUCAAGGAUUGAAAAUAGCUUUUAGUUACCCUGUUUACAUAUAGUGCAGGAAAAGGUCUUCGUGUUAUAGCACUAUGUACAUUAGUGAUCCAAAUUCAAGAGGCAGAUAAAAUUUGAAUUCUUUAAACAUUCAUUAAGUUCUAGAAUAACAUCCAGGUUCAUCUUCCUUUCACUAACCACGUUCCCUGUAAGCACAUUGUAACAACAGCACAGUGAGGUGAAUAAUGAAAUAAAAAGAAUUUUGAUACACUAGAAAACAGUGCUCAGUGAAACAUUUACAUUCUAUUUAUAUGAUUAAAUAUUUGAUCAUACAGUACCUUCCUACAGAUUACUGGCUAAUUUGGGGUGGGGUUUAUACUGUUAGAGGUAUUACUAACAUAACUACUUCCCUUAUAUGCAAACAUUAGAGCUAUAAUUUUAUUGAGAGUAAAACUGAUUAUGCAAGUUGACUGGGCAGCUUCUCAAAUAAAGUGGCUUAUGAAAUCAGGGAAACAUGAGCAAAGCUGUCCUUGACAUAAACGGUUUCUCAACCUGUGUUUUACCACAUCAAAAUUAAUCAGCACAGACCAACACGGUCAAUCAGAUCAUUCUUAAUGUGAAGAGAUGGGGGAGAAAGAAAACAAUUGUAUGUACAUGAGUAAACAGGGGAACUAGAUGCGUUCAGCAAGGAAUGUCAGGUGUUCAUUCUGGAGGCGGCAUCACCGACCACUCACUUCCACAGCUGCGUGCUCAGCGUCUGGCCGGAGGAGCUCCCAGGCCAGCCUGCAGUGGUGCUGGGGGUCUGGCUGAAGCCCGACGCAGAGCCGGCACCGCCCACGCCCACGCUCAUGCUCGCCAUCUGCUGGUUCACCUGUGGGGCACAGAGCGGCUUAGCGUGACAGCGACUCUGAAGGUUGCUUCCUGUAGCCACAGCGGGACAUUUUUUCAUUAAUGUGAAAGAGCACUGGGAUAAACACGGACUAACAUAAAACAAUAUUUCUUUAUAGAAAACAAUACUUUGUUUCCUUUUAAAGUAAUCUCAAGCAUAUUCUAUGAGCCCACUUCUUAUAUUCAUUUUUUUUUAUCCCCAAGGAUUAACUACAAUGGAAAAAAUACCAAAGCAAUCUUUUAAUUUUUAUCAAGGUAUAUGAAUUAAAGUCCAUUAAUCUUUCAACUGCAUAUUAAGAUAUUGUCCUGUUACUAUAAAGGAUUAAAAAACUUUGGGUGAAAUACUUCAGAAUUAUUCCAUAAACUUUGGUUGAUGGCUAUAAUUUUCUGUCAGUGGCUCUACAUAUGUUUGAGAGCAUAUAUUCUUUUUGUUUUCAAAUAAUGAGUUAAUAAUUUCCAUUAUAUGCUAUAAAGUGAAAGAUUCUUUAUCUAAUUCGCCAAGGGGCGGAGGUGCUGGCAUUGAACCCAGAGCCCUGCUCAUGCCAGGCAAGCCCUCUGUCACUGAGCUACAUCCUCACCCCCUUUUUAAAAAUUUUGAAACAGGAUCUUGCUAAGUUGCCCAGGCUGGCCUGGUACUUGUGAGCCUCAUGCCAGACUGAGAUCACAAGCAUAUGCUGCACACCUAGUCACACAUUGUGUUCUUCCAAAGAAGGACAUAAAUCAGUUCCUAAGCUGUGGCUUUUGACUGUCUCAUGUUAAGACUGGCAUUAAGACAAGGAAAGGAAAGAUUUACCAUGAAGUAGAGAGUGAGCUCAAAAGCUGUGCUCAGGGUAAAGUGUAUUCUAUUUGCAACUUUUGAAGGACACUGUGAAUCACAACAGUGGUAAAACAAGAGUGUCUGAACACUAGGGCAGAUCCCGUCCUCAGACCCAAAAAGGGCACUAGAGAAGCCAUUACCCUUCUGUGCUGCCUUGAAGGCUAAUGUUCCUUCUCGCUCUCCUUAACCUGCUCAAGCAUUCUGGCCAUGUAAAAGCUCUCACUGGCAUUUGACACUUAAUAAUUUUUGAGAUUUCCAAAGAUACACACCAGCAUGACAUUCUUUUAUACCAUGAUUGCAAAGGUGACUUGUAGCAGUCAUGAAGUAAUGAUGAUUCUGCUCAUGUCACAGUGGGAUCCUGUUUAAGAGCCUUUGUCAAGGGAGCUGAAGAAAGGCAGAGAGAGCAUCUAAAACAAAUGUUACUCUUGGCUCUAACCUAGGUGAAAAGAAAACUAUCACAGGAGCUGAUGUCUGAAACAAUGAUUUGCACAAUGUAUAGGAAUUCUUGAGCCAGUGCAUAGUAUUUUUAAACAUAUAAGUUAUCACAGAGUAUGUAAAAAGAAAUACAGCUUUACAUGGAUAGCUAACAAAAAAUGUCUACAGAUCCAAGGGCAGUAACUCUGUGACAUGGAGGGCAGCCUUAAUUGCUCAAAAUAUUGUGCUUUGAGAAUAUGAGGCUGUUUUUUUCUAAUUUGUAAGUGGUGUCCAAAUAAGAGUUCCAAAUUAAAAGCAGGUUGAUAUAAGUGAAUAAGUGAUCAUCACAAUCAUGAGACCAAAGAGCUGGUUAAAGCUUGAUGCUAAGGUGUCAGAUGGGGAUGGGGGUGUCUCAGGAUGCCCACGGCAAUUCCUAGCUGUUACAAAUAUAUUAGGAAUGUUUAAUGUGACACAGUCUGAAAUGGGGAAGGGGAACCUAAAACAUUUUCUUCACAGCAUAGGGAUAGUGACAAAUCAUUUGUCUUCAUUUAACAGUUUGAUCUUACACAACAUUAGCUAUACUGUUCCCUAAAUCUAGAGCAUUUGAUUUCAAAACAACACGUAGAAAACAUUAGGAUUUCUCUGAUUUGGGAGAAGCUGCAGAACACAUGGCUCCUACCUGUGAGAGGCCCCACUGGGGCUGCUGAGCUGGCGGCAGGCUGAACUUGCUCUGGGGCACACCCAUCUGUCCCACCAUUCCUCCUUGGGGGCCAACAGCAUUUUGAGAAAGGGGCAUCACGCCAGUUUGUGCAUUUCCCAUGAAGCCAUUGGGCAUGGGCAUGCCCACCAUCAUGCUUGUGCUUGGACCCAUCACAUUUCCUAGCAGGCCGGGAGCCGCAGGCACAGGUACACCCAUCGACGGGAAGCCUUGAAAUGUGCUUGGUGCUUGUGAGGUAAAUGGUAUAUUUGUUGGUCCCAGAAACACACCUGCAUCAAAAAACAAUGAAGAGAAAAAUGAAAAAAGAGGGCUAAUGUAUAUAGCUGUGCUCACCUCUACCAACACACACAAAAUAUUUAUUAUUUUCCUGAUGAUAAAAAAAAAACUGCAUUCCAGCCUGCCUUUCCCACCACUUGGAAUCAUCUACACCUAAACUUUCAGAUCUGGGUAUUUCUGGUUAUUGCCAGAAAAUCAAUUAUUACCCUGAAAAAACUUAACUAGAACAUGCCAAUUUUAGGCAGUAAUCACAUAGGGAAUCUUCCUCGGUGUAGGCCAGACUCCCCAUAUGGAGUCAAUACAUGCUGCCCCGCACUGCGCAGGAAAGGGAGACACAGCCACCGGGUCAGCGCAUAUGUGAAAUGUGGCUCGUUCUUUUAUAAGAAAUGGUCUGGAACACUAAACUGGAUAAAUUUUAUGCUUCUAUUUCAUUGUAAUGACUAAAAAUUUCAAAGGCUUUGGGACCCACGUGGUAACUCAGACUUACUGUUUACCUGAAUUAUACUGUCAAAAUCUUUAUGUAAAUCAAAUUUCAAUAAUUCUUAAAGAUAAUUCAUGUCUUAUAUGCUUGUGAAAAAGUGAUAUGUGCACAGCUUGUUAAUUCUCGAUGAAUAAAGUUUUGUGUCUAUUUCA